GUUUAUUAAUACCAUGUUGGUCAAAAGUGAUUGUGUAAAACAAAGCAGAAGAGAGAAAUUGUGGGGAUUAACAAGGAAUAAUUUAUAAAUUAUACAGGUGUGAAAUGAUCUCUAAUUUGUCUUCAACACUAGAAAUGCAGUUUUUCCAUCCUACCUUGACAGACACAGUGCAACCAAGAUGUUUUAAACGCAGGGUUGAUAUGAAAGUGACACAUUAAAAAUAUUAUAUCAGACAAUUUUGUGAAGGUCAAGGCCAUGGUACUAAAUAAUAUAGGAAUCUAAGUAGUUCUGUUGGUGAAUCUCUCAAACUGUAGGCAAACCUAAGAAAGAAAGUCAGUCAAGUAUAGCAACAUGGUACUUUACAUAGUACCCGACCAUGUCCCAACAGGCUUCAGUUCAUACAGGUUCAAGCAAGCCUUGGUGCUUGGCCUUGCCUUCUUCUUUGUGUUUGGGCUCCGUAUGAACAUGGCUAUUGGUAUGGUUUGUAUGGUCAGAUUGCCUCCCAACAUGACUACAGUGGCCAGGAACGUCACUAACAGGAUCAUCUGUGAAGGCGAAAGAAGGCCUAGCACACCAGGUGCAUCAGUGCCGGGAGCAAUGUUUGAAUGGAGCAGUGUGACUCAAGGAUGGGUCCUCAGUUGCUACUACAUAGGCUACAUACUAACACAGAUAGUUGGAGGUUUUUUUGCCACAAAGUUGGGUACAAAGAAAAUAUUUGCCGUCGCUAUGUCGAUUGCUGGUUUGACCACUGUGCUUAUACCCCCUCUCACUAGACUGGGGGGUCCAAGGAUGGGUUCCGCUGCCAUUAUCAUCACCCUUAGGACCAUCCAGGGUCUAGCUAUGGGUGUGACAUUUCCCGCUAAUGUGGCCCAUUGGUCUAAAUGGUCGCCAGUGUUUGAAAGAACCAAACUAGUCAUUAUAUCAAGUCAGGGAUCUACUGUAGGUGCCUUAGUUGCCUCUAUUUUAACUGGUAUACUAUGUGCAGCCCUAGGAUGGGAUUCAAUCUUCUAUGUAUUUGGAAUAUUGUGUAUAUUGUGGCUAUUUCUGUGGAUGUUCCAUGGGUAUGACUCCCCAAGAGACCAUCCUAGAAUCUCAGAGGCAGAAAGAGAAUUUAUUGAAGACAGUAUUGGUCAAUAUGACCCAAAAGAAUUAAAGCCAAGUGAUAUACCAUGGAAAAGGAUGUUGACAUCACAAGCUGUAAUAGCCUUGAUGAUUGUACAUAUGACAGCUAACUGGUCAACUGCCUCAGUAACAACAGUAGGACCAACAUAUCUUGCAGAAGUCUUGCAGUUCAACCCCCUUCAAAUUGGUGUGUUAUCUGGAGGUUUAGCUCUUACAAUUGUCACCUCAGCUGUCACAUGCGCUGUUCUUGCAGACUAUAUUCGAAGGAAAGGCUACAUGAGUACAACAGCAGUUAGGAAAACAUUUUAUGCCAUAGGUGUAAUCAUCGCAGCAACCAGUGCUAUCAUCAUGGGGUUUCUAGAUUGCCGGCACAGAUCUUGGGCUGUAUUUCUACUAGUUCUGUCAGCUCUAGGCAAUGGCCCUGGUUAUUCUGCUUACAAUGUUAACCACCUAGAUAUUGCACCAAAGUAUGCAGGAGUACUAUUUGGAAUCACAAACACAUUUGCUACGAUUCCAGCAAUUGUUGCACCUGUUGUUAUACGUAUGAUAACACAAAAUGGAACAAGUCAAGAAUGGCAAGCAGCCUACAUCAUGGGAGCUGCCAUUGGGAUCUUCGGCCUGAUUGUAUUUACCAUAUUUGGUAAGGGGGAAGUCCAAGACUGGGCCAAGGAUGAUGAUGAUCUUAAAGCGGUUGAACUGGAUAUAGACCUUCCUGAGAAAGUUCAUAUCAGGAAUGGUUACAUAUCGGAUACUAAAACAAAGGACAAUAUUUUUCAGACCAAUACCUCUGUGAAUACUCUUUGUAAUGAAUUCUAUGGAAGUCAUUACCAGAACCAUGGUUAUAGUAAGGACCACUAAGUCAUUACCAAAACAACGAUGAAACUAAGGACCACUAAGUCAAUGGUUAUAGUAAGGACUACUAAGUCAAUACUAGAACAAGGUCCACUAAGGAACAACAUGUUAAUAUUUGGCAAGUUUUUCUUUAAAAAAUUAAAAAUGAAGAGAGUAAUAUGACAUAAGGUACAAAAACAUGAAGUUGUACCUAACAUUUCAGAGGGACCCAUUGUCCCAUUACUACACUUCAUGAUUUUGUAGAAAUAAAAAAAUCUAAGCAAAUCUUAUAGCAUCCAUAAUGUAUCUGUAAAUAU